AUGUCACGCAAGAUAGGUAGUGGAGCGAUGACAGCUGAAUUGCCUGAUGACCAGAAGUGCCAGCCUAUCCUUGAUCAAAUGGCGAAAGAUCCAGCUGGCUGCCAUGGGCCUUCGCUAAUCAAGGAGGCCAUUGCCCACGAAACAGGGAUCCAUUUGACAAGAGACUUCAUUCGAAAGGAGGUUGUCCUUCUUGACCCUGAGGCUUCUGCUGCACAUGAACCAACAGCAAAGAAAAUCCCGUGCAGCACUAUCAUCAGUCUUGGGCCUCACCACGAGUGGUCCUGUGAUGGCCAUGAUAAAUUAUCAGCAAUUGGUUUCCCUAUUUGGGCUGUUCGUGAUGUCUGGUCUGGAAGGUGGCUAGGUGUGUGGGUUGUACCAAAUAACCAGUACAUGCAGACCAUCACGUAUCUGUACCUGUCUCUGGUUGCUAAGCUGGGAGGUCAGAUCCAAGCUCACUCUCUUUGUGUCCAGUUCAGGCUUAUGAGUAAAGCAGGAAUGCCACUGCAGUCUACAACAGAUUGUGGUUCUGAAACCGUCAUGAUGUAUGGCUUGGCAAAUGCUCUUCGAGAACAGUUUUCUCCAGAACUGGGUGUUGUCAACAUUGGCCCUGCACACCACUUCCUCAAGAGUGUCCACAACAUAACUAUUGAGCGAGGAUGGGGCCAAUUGCACAAACAGUGGGUUCCUAAGCAAUAUGGCUUUGGCUGCGGUUAA